AUGUUGGACAAUCAGGUCCGCAUCCUAAGCCUAAAUUGCUGGGGGCUCAAGUACAUAUCGACAGAGCGUGAGGCACGCAUUACGGCGAUAUCGGAGCGCCUGCGAGAAUGUAGCCAUUACGAUAUUGUCGCUCUUCAAGAGCUGUGGGUUGACCGUGACUACGAACACAUCAAAGCCGCGGUGGCGCAUUUUCUUCCCCACACCAAGAGGUUCUAUUCCGGAAUUUUGGCCGGCCCUGGCCUUGUUGUUUUUAGCCGUUGGCCAAUUGCGCACUCGUCAGUGUUCCGAUUUCCUCUGAAUGGGCGGCCGUCUGCAUUCUUCCGAGGCGACUGGUACGUGGGCAAGUCCGUGGGGUUUUGCAUUAUUGACCACCCCAGCGGCCUCAAAAUCGACGUCUUUAAUGCCCAUCUUCACGCCCCAUACGGCACGGGUGACGCUGCAUACACAUGUCACCGGACUAGUCAAGCAUGGGAAAUGGCCCGUCUCGCUGCGCGAGCGAGUGAGACCGGCCACGUUGUUUUCGCGGUGGGUGAUCUUAAUUCACGGCCAGGUACUUUAAUGCAUCAACUAUUCGAGAGAACGGGCCGCUUGUCCGAUGCCUGGGUCACCUGCCACGGCGAGUACGAGGGAAAUAUAGCAUCAUUGAGUCCUGAAGACCAGAUCCUGCUCGCCGGAGUCACAUCAGAUAGCCAAUUGAAUACGUGGCGGGUUAAUUAUGCGAAAGAGCGAGCAAAGCGACUGGACUACAUUUUUUACGACGAAACCACCGCUGCACCGUCAGAGUGCAAAGUAGUAUUCACUGAACCCAUCCCCAACAUCGGGUCUGUUAGCGAUCACUUUGGCAUCGAGGGCUCGUUCGUCAUACACACGCCGACUCCACGGCAGUGCGACACCGAUGUGGAAGGCUCGUUGACAAUGUUUGAGCAAAUCCUCAUGAUGAUCACAGAGUACAAACCAGUAGCCAAAUGGCAAGCCAGCUGGCGUAUCUGGCAUUUCUGGCUCUCCAAUGCCACUGUAGUCGGCAUGAUGGUCGCGAUCUGGUGGGCCGCCAAGUCCGGACGGGCCUACGUCGGCUUCAUUUUCACGACCGCUACAGCACUGAUCAUGACAGUGGGUGUUAUACAAGGCUUGAUAGGGUAUCUGUUUGGGUGGGCCGAGACAAGAGCCCUCAAAGAAUUCGAAGAUGAGAUUUGGAUGGCUCGGACUUAUCUUGCCCCGACAAAAGCCUUGUGA